CACUAUUCAAGAACACAAUAAAGGUUAAUGUUUAAUUAUAGUUUACUGCAUUGUACUCUGAUUUCAAGGGAAAAUAGUGAAAAAGCAAAAUCAACUCAUUCAACAUUGUCUUCUACAGAAACCAUCACAACCAUUUCCUCUAAUGUCUCUUCUACUACCAUAAAUAUAAACGGACAGAGUUCGUUAAGUGAAUACGUUAUUAUUGGAGUAUGUGUUUCUGUGGUUCUGCUGUCUUUGAUCAUUGUGUCCUUGGCAUGUUUCUGCUGGCGAAGAAAUAAACACAAAAACAGAAAAGCUCUGAAUAAAGGAAAUAAAACGAAAACAACAGUCGAUGAUCAGAAAGAUGACCAUGAAGUUUCAGAGCACAACAAUGGAAACAAUAACUAUUUUGUUCUUGAACCAGUAGAGUACCAAGAUGUCAACAUUGAUGAAUCAUAUGAUACAGCAGCAGGUGACCUGACGUAUGAUACCACAAAAGAUAUUACACAAUAUGAAAAAGUUUUAGUAGACAAUGUUUAUAACCAACUCCAAGCUGAAGCUACUUAUGAUCAUGCCGAAGCUGUUAAUAAAAGCAAGCGGGCAGAAAAAAGUCAAGAUGAGAUUGAUGAAAUGUAUGAUAAAAGUAUCGUGGUAACUAAAACAUGUUACAAUGAUAGACACACAGACAACAUCUACAAUCGAGGUGAAGAACUUGAAGAUAAUGAGUAUCAUCAUCUUGGACCUGAAGUUAGAAAGUUUCAAACAAAUAACGUGUAUGGUGUUCAGGAGAAACAGUAACAAAAAUGACGAUGUUUUCUACAUUGGUAUAACGUGCCAUAAAUUCAAUUGAUUGUAUUUCUGUGUAUGUAUGUGUUUUUGUGUUAUUUUUUUUCCAUUGCCCUCUUUCCAAUUGGACAUUAGAACCCUAGUUGAUACCAGCUUCAAGUAACUAACAUAUGUCCGCUAGCUGAAUGUGUAUGUUAUUUAAGAAAUAAUAUAUCCCAAACUGUGAUUUUAUUGCUCAAUAACAUCACUGUUUGGAGUUCGGAUGCGGGGAAUUAUAUCACGAGGGCGUAGCUCGAGUGAUAUAAUGAUGCGCAUCCGAACGACAAACAGUGAUGUUAUCAAGCAAUAAAAUCACCGAUUUGGAUAUAUUAUUUCGAUUCUAACACGACAUCAACAAAUAAAUACUGCUGUCCACGAUAAAUAGCGAAACUGAGCCUGAUUUGUUUCCGUACUUAUUGUCAGCGCGUCACAUUUUAGUGGUUACGUCACGUGUAUAAUGAUUACGUCACAUAUCUAAAUAUAGAACGUCAAACAGUGAUUUUAUAGCAUAAUAAUACACACUUUCGGUUCUUCUAUGUUCAAUAGGGAAAAAUGCGGGUCGUGUUAGAAUUGC